GGUUAUGCAGUGUAAUUCGCGCCACCAGGGGACUGGAUGGCGAUGAGACCGUUUUUAUCCGGUCUCAUCGCCGCUAGCACGUCUCCAUGGUUACACACCUGCCCCGAUAGGGCCCAAUGGAUCAGGUGUGUAAGCAUCGAGACGCGCGCGCUGUGAGGAGGCUGGACCAGGAGCGCGCUGCUCGCUCGCUCAUCCGUCAGUCGCUCCGUCGCGCUCUUCUGUGCAUGCAACUCCGUCCAGACACCGGCACGCGAACAUCAAAGAAACCCAAACAAUGACAUUAUCUGUAACGACACGACAGAAACACAGCAUUAUCUGACCGACCGAACCGAUCACGAACCUCUUUCUGCUCGCUGUUUGCCGCCUUAUUCCAGUCCAGCACCCAGCGACCAUGAUGCUCAGCAGCUCAGUGGAUGUACCCAGCCCAGGCGGGAUGAGCACGGUGGCCCCCCGGAAUGUAUUUCGCAGUUCCAGCAUUAGUGGUGCCAUGUACAACCUGGAGAAGAGCCCCAGCAGCACAGGGCCUGAUGCCACAGGCCUGGCUGGAAACAAGAAGCGUCGCUCCAGCCUGGGAGCCAAGAUGGUGGCUAUCGUGGGUCUGUCACAGUGGAGCAAGAGCACGCUGCAGCUAAACCAGCAAGACGGUGGAACAAAGAAGCUGCGCAGCACCAUCCGGCGGAGCACAGAGACGGGUAUCGCGGUGGAGAUGAGGAACCGUGUCACACGGCAGGGCAGUAAGGACUCGACAGAUGGCAGCACUAACAGCAACAGCUCUGAUGGGACCUUCAUCUUCCCCACCACUCGCCUCGGCCCUGAGAGCCAGUUCAGUGACUUCCUGGACGGUCUUGGUCCUGCUCAGAUAGUGGGGCGGCAGACGUUAGCCACACCGCCAAUGGGUGAUGUUUACGUUGGUGUGGUGGAUAGAGGGGGUCAGUUAGAGGUCGAAAUCACGCAGGCCCGAGGUCUGACCCCUAAACCAGGCUCAAAGAACAUUCAAGCAACUUAUGUAAAGGUUUAUGUCCUGGAGAAUGGAAUGUGUCUCGCUAAGAAGAAAACCAAAGUGGUGAAGAAAACCCUGGAUCCAACCUUCCAGCAAUCGCUGAUGUUUGACGAAAGCCCACAGGGGAAAGUGCUACAGGUGAUCGUGUGGGGCGAUUACGGUCGCAUGGACAGCAAGUCUUUCAUGGGAAUGGCUCAGAUCCUCCUGGAUGAUCUAGACCUGACAUCGAUGGUGGGCGGCUGGUACAAGCUCUUCCCCACCUCCUCUCUAGCGGACCCCAGCAUCGGCCCCCUGACACGCCAACUCUCCCAGUCCUCGCUCGAGAGCGCCGCCAGCCCCUCGUGCACCUAGACACAUCCAGACCCCGUUUUAAAUAAGCCCCAUUCUAAAUCUCUGUGUGUGUAUGUUUGUUGAAUAUACCCCGCCAUGACCCCAAACGCAUGAACACACAAUCUGAUAGAUCCAGCCAACUCGCCCGGAGCUGGAACGCUCUUCUUUACUGAUACAGAUAUUAAGAGUUGGAUACAAAUCAGGUGUGACACAUAUAACACACACACCCUCCCAGAUGGAUAUGGGUGUAACCAGCAACAUGCGGUUGUAGGGUAGUCAAGAAUCAGUCGUGGCUAGUUACAUGCAGAUCCAUUUUCCAGAGGUCGACCAGUUGUGGCAUAUGAUAAAUCUGCCGAGAAAUGUUCUUGACAAUGUAGCAUUCGUGUUGACGUCACGUCACACAGGAAGCAGAAUGGGUUCUCCAAGACUAGUAGUUUCCGAACCCUCAAGGGUCAGUCAUUUCUCUAUGCCAAACCCAAUCAAAGUUUUAUUUUUUAAAAACCAAAGCAAUUCUUAUUAUCUGUAGUGUUAUGUUAUUGAGUAUGGAUAUGUAGCAGAGUCAGUGACUUAGACAAGAUGCAAAAAAACAAAUACAUAUUAGAAAAAAAAGGUGCGGUCACAUUAGCGAAAUUUAGGCGAAAUUACGUUGGCAAAGAAAUCCAUUUUCCAUUGUCUAAAGUGUUGCGAUAUAUGAAGUCACUUUCAAACCAAGCAACUUUUCGCGCAGCAAUUGCGCCUGACCAACUUGAAGAUGAACGAAAUCUGCUUUGGGACUUUAACGCAAAACUCCAAAUCGCACGGAUUCCUAUAGAAAUGACUGGAAUUCACCUGUAAGAUUUCGCCGACCAACAUUAAAUGUGAUCGCACCUCUAGACUACAUACACAAUUCAACUUUUAAAGGGCAGGGCUUUACUCCACAUGUCAGGUUAUUUAUUAGAAAUGCACAUGAUUCCUAUCGCAUAAAGUAGCAUUUUUUCUUUUUUUUUUCUUUUCAGAGAAGUGAAUAAUUAAAUAUAUAGAUCGAUAUUUGUGUUCAUGUAUUUAUCGACUGCAUUCUGCACGUUAACUCGCAACUCUUGUUGAGCAAAAUAUGUAAAGUGCUAUUUUAAGCUUGCCUUUAAAAUUACUUCGACUUAUAGAUGGUAGGUUAUUUAUUUUGCUAAUGUUUCACUCUCACUUUUUGUCUGAACAACACAAUCUGCACCGAGCUGCAGACGUAGUCCGAGGGACUCGGACCCUCCGAAGGAGAACCAACUGUCCUGAUAAACCAGCAACCCUCAUACACAGCUGCAUUGUGGGAUACGCCAAAUGGUGUCCGCUGGCAAGCAAGAGAACUUUUCUUGUAGCAAGUACCGAAGAUUUCUGGGAAGUUGGAGCCGCAUUAGACUUUACCGCCUCAAGUAGUUUUGGGUUUUAUUUCUACCAGCAUUUGGAAGUGUUAAAGGCCUUUCCCAUUACCUGGUACUCUCAGGAGGUCACGCUGAACUGCAAAACACACACACGUAACAACAUGAGGACUGGUGAUGGGGUCGCUCUCUCAACAGGGUCUUGAAGCCCAGAACAAAUUAUAUUCUGUAAACUUUUUUUUUUUCGUCUUUGAACUUCUGUCCAAUCAGCAGUCUCCUUUAGCUUCGUCUCUGAAGAUGAGUGGCUCUAGAAGGUUUCUUCAUUCGAUCUUUGGUGUUAUUUCGACUUGUGGAUGGAAAGCAGCACUGUAGGUAAAAAUCUAAGUAUUCAUCCCACUCCUGUCAGCCUUUGAAUAUCUCAGAGCAGAAGAAGGUACCUUACACAUCACAAUAUCUCUGUAGCAGCUCAUUUUAUUCAUGUUAGAUUAGUCUGCAGAUGUGAUGGCAACACAUAUAAUAUGAUUCAUAUUUAAUAGUUAAAGUACAAACCAGAAAAUUAUUCAUUUCUACAUUCCCAUAUAAAUGACAAAUCAUGAAAGACAUUUGUAUGCUUCAAACUUUCUUUGAUGGACGCGCACAAUCUCUAAAUAUUGUUUGAUUCUCUGGUUUACAUCAUGAUGGUGUAGAAACUUUUAAAAGCAGAUUAUAAGACGAUCAGCAAACCAUUUAAUCUGAUUUAUCAUUUUGUAUCACAUCAACGUUUGAAAUAUUUAACUAUUGUUUUUUUUCAUGCUUUUUUUUCUAUCUGCCAAUCUCACCCCCCCAAUAAUGGGACUUUACACUUUCUUAUUAAUCAUCUGAAAUGGUAAAUUACUGUAUUUCACCCAAUCAUCAGAAUUUUGACAUAUUUAGAAUAUUUUACUUUCCAUCCCAUCAAAAUUAGUCUCUGUUAUCUUUCACAUACACGUCUUGCUUCUUUCGUAUUUGCACAGGUUUGAUUGUGUUGCACCUUUCUCUUUUCCACCAACAGACAAAUGUCUGUACAUAAAAUUAGGAACAACAUUUUUCUUAAUUCUUACUUAAGAUAAAAUUGUAUUACUGUACUGAAAACAAAUUGUAUUUGCAGUUGAAUGUUUGUCCUUGGUAAACACAUGUAUGAAAUGACUAUUAGACAUUGAUAUUUUUUUUUUUUAUGUGAUUUUACGUACUUGGGACUUUGGGAUAAUAUAAGUGUCCCUCUAUUGUACAAUGAAGUGGCUACAAAAUCUAACUGGUCUUGCAUUUUUGCAAAAUGAAAAGAGUCUGAAUGCAUGAAUAUUAUUGCUGUACUGCUCUAUUUUUUCAGGUGUAGUGGGUGGAUGUAGUUUGUUGCAGUCCAUAGCUAAACCAAAUGCAACAUUGACAAAAAAUUAACUAAAAAAAUCUAGAUUUGCCGCUCCAAGAUUUCUGUGGUUUGGAUGCGUUUUGAUAUUUUAACAUGGAAUGAGAACGAUCAGAUCGAUUUUGUUUUGACAGUAAUCAGAUAAAGCUGUCAAAUGCUUGUGUGAUGUGCUGAUAAUCUGUACAAAUCUUUGAGUAUAAUGAUGUAACUUCUGAAUAAGAUACCAGAAAAAGUGGCUGGCAUCUAGUUCAUUUAAAUGUUCGUACUUCAUGCUUUUAUAUGCGAGACCACUUCAUGCAUUUUAAUUUAUACAUCAGUCAGAAGUCAGGUUUUUUGGGCAGUUUUAUGGCAUGCACAGUUUGUGUGUGAGUGUAAGGUGACACCAGUCUGACUGGAGAAUUAUCUUAAGACACUGAAUACAGAUUAUUAUCAGUGUGAUGUUAUGAUGUAAGGCUCAGAGCGUUUCUGUGUGGAAACAGUUGGAAGUGGUCAACCUGGUAUUCAUGCUUACUUUUUAUUUGCAUUCAGAAAUGGACAGUAGAUUGUAAAACUGAGAAUGAUGCGUGAAUUUGAUCAUUCAUUUUAUGAGAUCUCGCUUCAUCAGGUACUUUAUGAUAUUGAGAGAUUGCUUUAAUUUCAAAUAAUAAGAUAAUACUUUUACAUCUGUUUUUGGGCCAUUUAAAGGAAUAGUUCACCCAACAUGAAAAUGUACUCAGCCCAGACCAUUCAAGAUGUAGAUUAGUUUGUUUU